AUGAUAAAGAGAUUUAUCAAGUUAAUUCCUUUCAAUAUUGUACUUGUGUUUAUUUUCCUGAUAUUUCUUGAAUCCGACGCUGUUCCUUCACUUGGUGCUCCUCCUAAUAGGGUCAUUGGCAAGUGCAGUGAGAAGGAGCGAAAUGCUCUACUCGAGUUCAAAGCCGGUUUUGUAGACUUCUCUGGCCAUGUCUCUACAUGGAGAGCCCAAGAUGACUGCUGCAGUUGGAGUGGAGUCGAGUGUAACAACCAAACGGGUCAUGUCAUAAAGCUUGACCUUCAACAUUUUCAACUUCGUUUAGAAGGCGAGGUAAGUCCUUCGUUGCUUAACCUAAGCCACUUGACUUAUCUUGAUCUUAGCCAUAACUCUUUCGAUGGAACAAUCCCCAAGUUCAUUGGUUCCUUGACCGAAUUACGCUACCUUGAUCUUUCAUGGAAUUUUUUCCGUGGAACUGUUCCUUCUGAACUCGGGAACCUCCGUAACUUGCGUUAUCUUAAGCUAGCAUCAUCAGGAAGCGUUAAGAACCUAGAUUGGCUUUCUCAUUUCUCUUUUUUGCAACACUUGGAUAUUUCUUUCACUCCCUUCUCUGAGCCAAAUAAUUGGGUUGAUAUGAUAAUAAGACUACCAAAGUUAUCAUAUUUAGGCUUGAAUCACUGUAACCUCUCAGCUGUCACACUUCCAUAUUCUUCUUUGGUCAACUCUUCUUCAUCUAUUGCUAGUCUCGAUAUUUCCGACAACAAUCUCACUUCAUUAGCAUACAACUGGUUAUUGCCUUUAACUAGCAAUAGGCUUCGCCAUCUUUAUCUCUCUUCAAAUCGAUUAGAAUGGUUCCCAAAAUAUUUUGGAAGCCUCUGCAGCUUGACAUUUCUUGAUAUCAAACUAAACCACGUGAAUACAAGCUUUCCAGAUUUCCUGACCAACUUAUCAGGGUGUGCAGCGAGUAGUUUAGAAGAGUUGGACAUUUACUUGAGCCGAUUUACAGGGUCAGUGUCAAGUGAAAUCCAAAAAUUUGUGUCCUUAAAGAAAUUAGAGUUAUCUGACAAUCAGUUGGAUGGAUCCAUAAGUAAGAAGAUGUGGGAGCUACCAAAGCUUCAAUAUUUGAGUGCUUCUUCCAAUUCUUUUCGUGGUAUUAUCCCGAAAGAGUUUGGCAAGUCAAAGCUACGUUACAUCAAUCUUUCAAAAAACUCUCUUGCCGGUAUCCUCUCUGAAGUUCAUAUGCAAAACCUUUCUGAUUUAGAACAUCUGGACUUGUCAUUCAACUCUUUAUCUUUUGAGCUAAGUUCCCACUGGGUCCCCCCUUUCCAACUAAAUCACAUCGAUUUGAGCUCUUGCAAGCUUGGCCCUCGGUUCCCCAAGUGGAUUCAAACACAGAAAAAUCUUACUCAUCUAGAUAUUGCAAAUUGUGGCAUUUCAGAUACAGUUUCGCCAGGACUUUGGGACGUAUGGCCUUCUCGACCAAGAUACUUUAAUCUCUCUUUCAAUAACAUUAGCGGAGAGUUACCAGACCUAACAUCAAAGUUUGGUCUUUAUUCUGCUAUAGAUUUGAGUUCCAACAACUUCCAUGGACAUAUACCAAAGUUUCCUUCUAGUUUGGUAUCUUUAAAUCUUUCAAGGAACAAAUUCUACGGUGGAAUCUCUUUUUUAUGCCAAAUAGUGGAUGGUCUUCUAUCCUUUCUUGACCUUUCUCGCAACUCAUUGAGCGGACAAAUUCCAGAUUGUUUAUCUCAUUUCAGGGAACUAAUAAUUCUUAAUCUAGAACAUAACAAUCUGUCCGGAACAAUUCCUACGUCUGUUCAAUCUUUGGUUCAAGUUGAGGUAAUGUACCUUUGCCACAAUAACUUUUCCGGUGAAUUGCCUCUACUUUUGAAAAAUUGCACCAAGUUGACCCUUUUGUGCUUGGGGUCCAACAAGUUCUCUGGCAAUGUGCCUGCCUGGAUUGGAGAAAAUCUAUCAGAGUUGUAUGCUCUUAGUCUAAGAUCAAACAACUUCGUUGGACCUAUUCCUUCACAGUUAUGUUGGCUAGAAAAUCUUCAAAUACUGGAUUUGUCAAUAAACAAACUUAAUGGAACCAUUCCCUCGUGUUUGAAUAAUCUUACUGCCAUGGUUCAGGAAACACCUUCAUCAGAACAAGCCUUGCACUACUAUUUACCUGCAUACACAUCUAUAGGCCUUGAUGAGCGCCAAGUUUCUGAUUAUAGUAACUAUGUUGACUAUGCAAUGAUUGAGUGGCAAGGAAAUGAACGUGAAUUCAAAAGCAUCAAUCUUGGAUUGUUAAAGAUCAUCGAUCUGUCAAGUAACAAUCUAGUUGGAGCGAUUCCAGAUGAAUUAACAGGUAUCUACAAACUUCUUGCUCUUAACUUGUCAAGGAAUGCCUUACAUGGGAAGAUUCCAAGAAAGAUUGGUGAGCUAAAAUCUCUUCAAGUUCUAGAUCUAUCUGGGAAUGGUUUGUCAGGAAGGAUCCCAUCAAGCAUGUCUUCAUUGACUUUAAUAAGCUCCUUGGACGUAUCAGAUAAUAAAUUAUCUGGGAGAAUACCAUCAAGCACUCAACUCCAAUCGUUUGAACCAUCAAGUUACUCAGGAAAUGCAGGACUAUGCGGACCUCCCAUCAGCCAAAAUUGCCCAGGAGACGCCAUACAAGAGGUUCCAAAUGGCAUAUCUGAAGAUGAAGAUGCCAAGGAGGAGACAGAUGGAUCCUUGAGAUUGCUUUAUAUCGGUGGAGGCAUUGGAUUUGGUACUGGAUUUUGGAUUGCAUUUGGGGCUUUACUGCUCAAUCGUCAUGGGAGAUAUGUCUUCUUUCGGUUUCAUGACCACAUGAUGGACUGGGUUUCUAUUCGUGCAAUGUUGAUCUUCAUGAAAUUUCAAAGGACUGCACAUACAUAA